AUGUUCUCUGGCCACCGCGCUGCUUUUUUCUCUACCAGAGCCAUCAAGAUUCAGCCCUCGCUGGCCGUUACCCUGCGCCCCUUGUCAACUCCUACACUACCCCGCCAGCCAUUCUCCCGAGCGAUGUCGGCCACCACGGCUCGUCCCGACCCUUUCAAACCGGCGGCCAGAGUCGCUGGCCAGAGACAAGAUGUCUGGUCCAUUGUCAAUGAAGCCGCCGCUGCCUCCCCCGUCCAGCCCAUCGUGAACAUGGGACAGGGUUUCUUUGGCUAUAACCCUCCCAAGUUCGCCCUGGAUGCCGCCAAGGAGGCCCUUGACCGUGUGGAGUGCAACCAAUACUCCCCCACCAAGGGACGCCCGCGUCUCAAGAAAGCCAUCGCCGAUGCCUACUCGCCUUCCUUUGGCCGGACUCUCAACCCGGACACCGAAGUUACCAUCACCACAGGUGCAAAUGAAGGUAUGCUGAGUGCGUUCAUGGGCUUCAUCGAGCCCGGCGACGAGGUGAUCAUCUUUGAACCUUUCUUCGACCAGUACAUUAGCAACAUCGAGAUGCCCGGAGGAAAGAUCCGCUAUGUCCCUCUUCACCCUCCCAAGGAUGGCGCGACGAGGACUUCCCCCGCCUCCGAGUGGACGAUAGACUUUGAGGAGUUGGAGAAUACCAUCAACGACAAGACCAAGAUGAUUGUCCUGAACUCCCCUCACAACCCCGUUGGCAAGGUCUUCUCGCGCGCUGAGCUGGAGCGCAUUGGAGAGAUCUGCGUGAAGCACAACCUGAUCAUCCUCUCCGACGAAGUCUACGACCGCCUCUACUACGUCCCUUUCACCAGAAUCGCUACCCUGUCUCCUGAGCUCUACGAGCGCACUCUCACCGUCGGCUCUGCCGGCAAGGCCUUCUACGCCACUGGCUGGCGAGUAGGAUACCUCGUCGGUCCCGAGCAUUUGAUCAAGUACGUGGCCGGCGCGCACACCCGCAUCUGCUACAGCAGUGUGUCUCCUCUUCAGGAGGCUGCCGCCGUUGCUUUCGAGCAGGCCGACAAGGUCGGAUUCUGGGACGAGAGCCGGAACGAGAUGAAGAAGAAGAUGGAGCGUUUCUGCGAAGUCUUUGACGAGCUCAAGAUUCCCUAUUCGGACCCCGAGGGAGGCUACUUCGUUCUUGCCAAUAUGUCUUCGGUGAAGCUUCCCGAGGACUACCCAUUCCCUCCUCACGUUGCCAGCCGUCCUCGUGACUUCAAGCUGUGCUGGUUCCUGAUCCAUGAAGUCGGUGUGGCAGCCAUCCCUCCCACUGAAUUCUACACUGACGCCAAUGCACACAUUGCGGAGGACUAUCUCCGCUUCGCUGUCUGCAAGAAUGACGAUGUGCUGGAGACUGCCAAGGAGAGACUGCGCGGUCUGAAGAAGUAUAUUGCAUGA